ACAAACAGUUGUAUACAGUUCUAUGUGUACAUAAUAUAUCUGCAUGUCUUGGAGACUUACAUAAGUCAGUUGGUUCCUGCCACUCUGAGACGUAAAAAAUGGUAAAACAUCACUCAGGCCUGGUGUGCUUCUUUUGUCUAAUAUGGAUAUGUCUAUCAUGGCAGCAACCCGUCAAAGUUCCACGUUUCAAGAGAGAUCACAAAGCUGAAUCUGUAAAGAUUGAAACAAUAAAGGACCCCAAAGCUGUAGAACAGUUCCUGGUCAACCCCAAAAAGGACAGUGAAGAAUUUAGACCGGUGCCUCUUCCAAAGAACUUCUCACGCUAUGACAACAAUAUUAACGAUAACUUCAUCAGUCUGCAGGAAUUAAUCAAAACAACUGGUGCAAGACGGAACGCUAAGGAAGCUUUUAAAGAUGCAGAUAAAAAUGGAGAUGGAAAAAUAAGUCCUGAAGAAUUCCAAGGAGCACCUUGGACCUUGAAUGUUUCUGAAAUAUUGGUAAACGCCAAUAUAUCAAACAUUAACCUUACUGAAAUUUUGGAGGAAGAUCCAAAACAAGACGAAAAUGGGUCUUUGAAAAUUGGAAAUGCUUUGGAUUCCAGACAGACAGAAGACAAAAUGAACAGUUUUGAUAUUGGAAUGGAGAACAGCAAUGAUAUCCAACUGGAGGAUAGUUCUGAGAACAGAUUGGAUGACAGUUCUGAGAGUCAAAUGGAAAAUAGUUCUGAGAGUCAAAUGGAAGAUAGUUCUGAGAGUCAAAUGGAGGACAGUUUUGAGAGUCAAAUGGAGGACAGUUUUGAAAGAAUAUUUGAAGAAAGUUCUGAGAGUCAAAUAGAGGACAGUUUUGAGAGUCACCUGAAGGACAGUUUUGAGAACAGGUUAGAGGACAGUUUUGAGAGUCAACUGAAGGACAAUUUUGAGAGCAUAUUGGAGGAUAGCUCUGAAAGCAAAUUGGAAGACAGUUCUGAGAGAAAAUCAGAUGACACUUUUGAAAGUAGACUGGAAGAUAGUUUGGAGAACAUUCUUGAGAACAAACUUGUUGACAGUUCUGAUAUUAAAGUUGAGGACAGUUCUGAUAUAAGUGAGGAGGACAAUUCUGAAAGACUCCUGGAAGACAGCUCUGAAAAUAGUGUGAAAGACAGUUCUGAAAAUAGUGAGGAAGAGAAUCCUAAAAGCAGGGAAAUUGUCGAUUUGAAUAGUGACAUACAGUCAUGGAAUUCACACCAUAGUUAAAUGAUUAAUAUGAAUGACUGAAAAUGUAUAAAGACUAAUUGAUCACACAGGGAAUGUUAGUCAUAAGCCCUGACUCUGAUUCACAUUUGACAAAUUUGGUUUUCUCGUUAGAGAUUUUAAUGUAGUGUUCUCCCAGAAUAUAUAUUUUCAAGUUACACAUGGUGUAUCAUUAUGCAAAAACAUCUAUAAUCAAAACACUUUAUUUCUUUCACAUCAAUAUUUGGUUUGCAUAUUGAGUAGACCACUAUUUUAGAGUACAGGCGUGUCUACACACACACACACAUGCAUAAAUAAUCACAUAUAUACAUAAAUAUGCAUAUUUAGAUAGAUAGAUAGAUAGAGAGAGAGAGAGAGAGAGAGAGACAGACAGACAGACAGACAUGUAUGUGUAUAUUUGUAUAUCUGUGAAUGUGUAUAUGUAUAUGUGUGUGUGUGUGUGUGUGCAUCUAUGUCUAUGUAUGUAUAUAUCAGCAGUAGAUAGACUGAAGCAGUUUGAAUAGAAUGCAUGUACACGUAUUUGUAUGUAUGUAUGUGUGUAUGUGUAUGCGUGUGUAUGUAUGUAUUAUGUAUGUUGUUAUUGUUGAAUAACUUUCAACAAGGGAGAGCACUCAGAUCACGUGAGAGUUUAGUUAAAUCCUUAUAUAGUAUGUUAAUGACAUUUUUGCAGCAACUCAAGUUUCAUGUUUGUACAAAAACUUCUAGUGUUUGAAAUAAACAAGCUCUGUUUCCUUCAAGCAUAUUCAUCAGGCUGAAUAAAAACAAAAGUAAUGGCAAAAAGCUGCCAAUGCCUUUCCUGCUGCUAACCAUUAAAAAAAUAAUAAAUGCUGGGGGUCAAUUCAUUUAAUUAAACUUUUCAAUAUGGUGCCCAUGUUGGAGCACUGACCAAUGACUGAAUAGUAUAUAUGUGUGUCUGAAUAUAUGUGUGUCUGAAUACGUGUGUGUGUGUGUGUAGAUAGAGAGAUAGAGAGAGAGUCAGAUAGAUGGUCACAUAAAUAGAUAGAUAGAUAGAAAGAUACAAAUAUAUAUGUUUUUGUCUAUUAAAUUCACUCACAAGGCACAUUGAUCAGCCUAAGGUUAUAAGUAGAAAACACUUUCCCAAGGUGCCGCACAGUAAGAUUGAUCUUGAAACCUUGUGGUUACAAAGCAAACUUCUUAACCACACAGCCACACUUGUGCCUACAUGUAUGUUUGUAUUUCUUUUUGAUACCAAUUCACCUGAGAACUAUCUCUAAUUCCACAUCACAAAACAUCCAAUUAUAAAUCAUUUACAUUUAAUUUCAAAAAUAGGAAACUUUCGAUAUGUUCCAAGCACCAAACUUAUAAUUGAUAAAGUUUGUUAUUUUAAGAAAUCUCUCUAAAUUUGUAAUUAUUUUCAAAAUUGAAACAUUGUGCAUAUUUUAUUAAGAAUUCUAGUCAUGAAAUGGGAUAUACUGGGUGCAGCAGAAAAACCUCCUGCAUUUUAGAUGGGCAUUGGUUUGACACUAGUGAAGUUCCGUUGAUGAUAAUGGUAUCCUUAGGGAGCUGAUGUCUUACUAUUCUUUUUCAUUUGCCAUCUUGAUUUGAAUUAAUGCAUAUUGCGUGUAUUCUACUGAAACAUUUGUAAAUGUGUAAAAUGCAGGACGUCUUUUCUUUCUCGUUGCAACCUGUAUGUAUGCAUACAAGGUGUUAAAUAUUUUUCAUCAUGCUUGAUAUUCUAAUAAAUCAGAGCUCUUUUAUUGUUGUUUA